UGGCCUGGAGUUUGGGCUUGUUGAGCGGCGGGAAAUAUGCCGUACUCCGGCUCCGAGGAGAUAGUGAAGGAGCUGAGGCGGAGUCUGUGUAACCCCAACGUGCAGGCGGAUAGGCUGCGCCACAGGAAUGUGGUACUGAGGGUGAUCCGGUACAUGAGCCAGGGCCUGGAUGUCUCCGGCCUCUUCAUGGAGAUGGUGAAGGCCGGCGCGACUCUGGACAUUGUCCAGAAGAAGCUGGUCUACUUGUACAUGUGCACCUAUGCCGCCCUGAAACCCAACCUGGCGCUGCUGGCCAUCAACACCCUGCGGAAAGACUGCGCUGACCCCAACCCCAUGGUCAGGGGGCUGGCCCUCAGGAGUAUGUGUAGCUUCAGAAUGCCAGGUAUAAGUGAAUAUAUUCAACAGCCAGUACUAAAUGGAUUAAGAGAUAAAGCUUCCUACGUCAGGCGAGCAGCAGUUCUGGGAUGUGCUAAAAUACAGACCCUUCAAGGAGACACAGAAAUUGAUGGGGCUGUGGUAAAUGAGCUGUAUGCUAUGCUGCGUGACCCAGAUCCUAUUGUUAUGGUCAAUUGCUUGAGAGCAUUAGAGGAAAUCCUCAAACACGAAGGGGGUGUGGUCAUCAACAAGCCAAUAGCGCAUCACCUUUUAAACAGAAUGAAGGACUUGGAUCACUGGGGGCAGAGUGAAGUGUUGGCAUACCUGGUUCGCUACAAGACCCGAACUGAAGAUGAAGUGUUCACAAUUCUGAAUGUACUCGAUGGCUUUCUCAAGAGCAGUCAGCCUAACGUUGUUAUGGCAACCACCAAACUAUUUCUUCUGCUGUCUGAAGAUUUCCCACACGUGCAGAUAGAUGUUCUGGAGCGGGUGAAAGGGCCGUUGCUGGCUAUCUGCACAUCAGAGUGUCACGAGCUGUGUUUCCUCGGAUUGUGUCAUGCACGGGAGAUCCUUCGCAGCUCACCUGGGCAUUUCAGUGGUCACUACAAGAAGUUCUUCUGUAUGUACUCUGAACCGAAUUACAUUAAAUACCAGAAGAUGGAAAUCCUCAGGGAGUUGGUGAACGAUGAGAAUGUCCAGCAGAUACUUGAGGAGCUUCAGACCUAUUGCACAGAUGUUUCUGUAGAGCUAGCUCAGAUGGCCAUUUUAAAUAUAGGUCGAAUUGCACGGACCAAUAGUGAAAGGUGUAUGGUUAUUUUGAAAGGGCUUCUGGGCCUCAAGCAGGAACAUAUUACGUCAGCUGUCAUUCAGACGUUUCGUGAUCUUGUAUGGCUGUGUCCCCAGUGUAUAGCAACUGUAUGCCAGGCACUACCAGGCUGCGAAGAGAACAUCCAAGACAGUGAGGGGAAGCAAGCUCUAAUCUGGCUGCUUGGGAUGCACGGAGAGCAGGUUCCCAAUGCUCCCUACAUCUUGGAGGAAUUUGUGGACAAUGUGAAAAUGGAGACCUCUGCAGCAGUGAAGCUGGAGUUGAUCACAGCAAUGGUACGCCUGUUCCUGAGCCGCCCAGCUGAAUGUCAGGAUGUGCUGGGAAGGCUACUUUAUUAUGUUAUUGAGGAGGAGUUAGAUAUGGCUGUGCGUGAUCGAGGACUGCUCUAUUAUCGGCUGCUUCAACAAGGAAUUGAAGAGGUCAAGAGGGUAGUCUGUGGACCAAAGUCUGACCCAUCCUUGGAUGUAAUAAGUGGUCAAGCCAAUGAGGCAGUAAGUGCCUGGUCCAAAGGCUUUAACACACUAAUACCAAUCUAUGGUCGAGAACAAUGGGAUCGCUUAACAGCACAGAAAGGGGACUCCCUCGAAAUCCUGCAGGGGUCAGCAGUAAAGGCAAAUGAGAUAGACACAAAGCCAGAACAAGGGGAAGAGAUGGCUAGAGACUCCGGAUCAGUCAGUUUGCAGACCAGUGCCCACCUGUCGCCGGAGCAAUUUGAGGAGCGCUGGACUCUUCUGGAAGCUGCUAAAGUUGUCACUGUGGACUGGCACAAAGACUUGUGCCCUGAUGCCAUCCAAACUGCUUUUCAGUUUGUUCACAUCCAGCUGGUUGCAAUUAGUCGAGCAGGAGUGCAACCCUGGAAAGCCUAUCUGUUUGCCAAAAAUGAGACUGGGUCAUUGUUUUUAAUUGAACUCCUAACUGUAAAAGGCAAGAGGGACAUGCAAAUUACUGUUAAGCAAGAGAAUAGCAAUGAACAGUUGCUCAACAAUUUCAUCGCCAUUGUUAAGUCUGUAAUACAGGCUUUGGGUGAGACUAAAGGUUAGACCUUGAAUGUUUCAGUAGCUGCAGGAAAGAGUGCUCUCCUAACUGAGAAAACCAAGUUACCUUUUACCUCUAGAAUGUGAUCAGAUGUUGGAGAGAAACAGUUCCAGUGCUUGCCUGAGUGGCUCAACUGCAAAAGUGGCUUAUUGUGUAAUGUUUUGAUGGGGUGAAGCAUUUUAUAAAUAGUUUUAUUUUUGCAAUGCAAGGUACAUUGGUGAAUCUAAUUAUUAGCAUGGCCAGUAAAUAUUUCAUUUGAAAUUCUAAACUGGCUUAGCUCCUGUGACCCCAAUUGUUUGGAGUGCAUGUAUGUAGCCAAGGCAAAAACACAACCCUUCCCCAUAGAAGUUGAUCCAUCCAAUUAUUAGCUAAUGCAGUAGUUUUUGACUUCCUUUCACUACUUUUUAUGAAGGAAAAUAAAGCAGCAAUGUUGUGCAAAUGAGUAGCAAGUGCGAUAGUGUGGCUACUUAAUCUGUUUUGGUGAGGUUAAAUAAUUGUCGGUUAUCAAAUUGGGUGUGUUCCCAUCUCGUUGACUAGAACCAUGGGAUCUUUUAUAUCUAUCUAAACAGGCAGUCUACACUUAAAUGUCUCCUACAAAGUAUGGCUUGUGCAACAAUUAGGCUAAAUUUCAGACUUCUAACUUUGAGAUGACUACUAUCAAUGAGCUGGCAUUAAAGCUCCAGCUGUAUGUUUGUAUAUUGAGCUGCUUUAGGAAGUCCUUGGUUAGCCUUGUGGCUCGAUUAAUGAUUCAGCAUGAGGCAAACAGACUUCAGGAUAUCCUGGUUUCAUCCUCAGUUUGUGAUGUACAGGGGAACAAAGUGGAGUAAGGACAGAAAAGUCACAUGGGAUGCAUGUACCUGAUCACUACCUUGCAAUUGAUGUAGAUGGGUCUCUGGUAUCAUUGUGUGAGGACAAAUUUGGAUGAGUGUACUGGAUUCACUAGUCUCCAUCCUAACACACCCUAUCUGAAGUAACACCUGGAUAAUGAUACCAGAGAACGAGUGUUUGGUUUUGUUGGAGUGACGUUGCAAACAAAUUAUUUUUAACAUCUGGUUUAGUACUAUAGCUGGAACUGAAGGAGCUUUCUUUAGUCAAAUGAGGAUAAUUCCUGGUUUGGUCAACGUGGAGCGAGUGCUGUUGUUCAAGCAGAUUCCUUAUACAGGAGGUCGAGCUUGUUUUUGUGACCAAACUUUACAUUUUAAGUUGAUCAAAUUUCAAUUGGCUAAAGGUCAGUAGUGAUGCUUUUGAAUGGUAUGGACCACACCAGACCCUUCAAAACAUUUCAAGAAAGUAGCCCAGACUCGGAUAUUCCAGGAGGGAUGCAGUUGGUUGAACCAUGUAGUUGUAAAUAAGUUUAGUUUUG